UAUCAUUGGAGUUCAGCUUCAAGAGCAAACAGCCUUUGACAAACCGGUGAGUAACCUCAUCCUGACCUAAAGACAGGUCUUAAUCUAAGCAUGUCAUACAGAGAGGACGUUGAGCAUGAGGGGCAAGAGGGGCUUGUAGAGGCCAGUGGGAAGCAAACACCCAAUCCACAUCAUGCAGAUGCUGCUGAGGAACCUGGGGAAGAAGGAGAAACAAAACCAAAGCAUAAACCCUUUGUGCCAGCUUUGGUGCCUCCUAAAAUUCCUGAUGGAGAGAAAGUUGAUUUUGAUGAUAUUCACCGCAAACGUAUGGAGAAAGACCUGACGGAGCUACAGACGCUCAUCGAAGCCACUACAAAUACAGAUAAAAGGGGUGGGCCUAAGAAGCAAACAGAGAGGGAGAAGAAAAAAACCAUUCUUAGUGAACGCCGUAAGGAACUGAACGUCGAAAACCUGAGCGCUGAUAAACUCAGAGAAACCGCGAAUGAACUCUGGAAGUGGAUGCGCCAACUUGAAGCCGAGAAGUUUGAGCUGCAAUACAGAUACAUGUGCCAGAAAUACGAGAUCACCGUGCUUAGGAAUCGUGUCAGCGACCAUCAGAAAAAUACCAAAGGCUCUAGGAGUAAAAGAGGACUACGAAAAUAAAGCAGCUUCACAGAGACACCAGCAACCUCUACCACACGGAUAUUUGCAUAAAUAAUAUGCUUUAAUGCAGUUAUAUAUUCUGAUCCUCUUAUUUAAUGUUUUUUGAAGCGCUACAAAGAAUAAAAACAGGCAUCUGAAUGAAAGAUGAAACAGUGAAGUUGGUUUUUAAGAGACUAAUAUAUAAGUUCACAUUUGUCAUAAUAUGAAAUUAAUGACUUUUCUGUUAAUUAUAUGCAUGUCAUAAUAUGCAAAGUGCCACGAUGUGUACAGCUGUCAUUUAUCAUCUUGUUGAUUUAAUGUUAGUGAAUCAUAACACGUAAAUUGAAAGCAAAGAUAUAAUUGAAAUCGGAAAACGUCGCAUGCAUUUUCAGAGAUUUGCAUGCAUGAUUGUAAAUGAUUACACUAUUUUUUAAUAAAGUAUAUGUUAGACUAAAUGAGUUUUCAGACUAACAGCAUAUGCUUUAGUAUGUCCCAGUGUUUGUCUUUCUUUUUGCAUGGAUUUGGUAAAGGUUAUGAAUAUUUCAAAGUAAAUCGUGACACAGACUAGUGCUGUUGAAAACUUUAUUGAAACUUUGCUCGAAGUCGCUGUGAGCUGAAACAUACAAAUUGAUCCAUACCCCUAACGCAACAACCACAACAUAUGUAAUGGUGAACAAAUGUCAAAAUGAGCCAAAGAAACUUCUUAGAAUUGAUUACUCAAUGACUGAAUGACAUACGUAUAUAUUUAUAUUGUCUGAUAUUAUAUAACUUGAUUUAUAAUACAUCAUACAGUGUAAUAUAAAAUAUCUUAAACUUGCGCAAACAACCUGUAACACUCUCAUAAAAUCAUUUGCGUUUUAGAACACAUUAUAAAGACAAACAAAGACAUAUAAAUCAUCUUAACUCAAUGAAAACACUAUGGUCUUGAGAAAUGGAA